CGACGCUAAUUUGCGAGCUGAGCGAGCGGCAACUAGGAAAUGCUUCGCGCUCUAUAGCUCCUGUCAGUACCACCGUGAUUUUCGAGAGGAGCCAUACCCAAAACUUGAACGUAUGAGACAAGAUGAGGACAUUCCGAUGCGCAAGCGCAUGGGACUUCCAUCGGUGCCUCUUUUUUGCUAAGCCCACGCCAUCGAUGUACAAGCUGCCGUCGCGGUACUGGCGGGAUGCCAACUGCAAGUUGGGGGAAAUGUGCCAAAUUAUGUCGUUACUCGAGCACACGGAGCCGGUAUACGUUUUCCCGAAUGACAGGCGCAUGCUGGAGCAGGCUGAGGAGCGAAACUCUCAGUUUGUCAAUACCAACGGGGACCACAUGACUAUUCUGGAAAUCAUGAAAAGGUUCCGUAGCACGCCGGCUACUGAACAACGGAAGGAAUGUCGCGAGCAGGGAUUGGCAAUGGGGUCAUGCGCAGAGGAGAAAAGAGAGCUCCAUAUCCGAAAGGCUCUCGUUCAGGGAUUUUCUCUUCAGCUCGCAGUAACGACAGACGAUGAUCUUGGGUAUACAACAGCGCACAAGCGACAGUCGGUCAGGCUCGGUAGGUCUUAUAUACGUUCGGGGCGUUCGGGCAGGGGUUUGUGUAGGAAUAGUUUGGAGAGGAAUAAGUUUCAUCCGGAUGGGAGAUAGUAUGCCUUGUCGCAUGCGGGAGAUGGGCGUGUACGUACGUACUAGUCUGGGAGCCGGCCACAAAAGUCUGCUGACAGAAUCUGGAUGAUCUGGAGCGGACUGCGAGCAAAACCUCACGCG